CGCGUGUGAGUGUGUGUGUGAGUGACAGAGUUGCGUCAGGGCAGAUCAGAAAGUGCCUGUGACUGCUCUCUCUCUUUCUCCCUCCUCCCGGCUCGCGCACUCCUCUCCGGACCAACAGAGUCGCACGAGACUGGCGACGCUCUCCGAACCCGGUCUGCCGGCCGCGGGUGACCCGAGGAUUUCACUUUGACGAGAAGAGACCCGGGCUCCGCUGGCAGGAAAAAGGUGGUGGAACUAAACUACAUUCAUUGACUAGUGAGCGAUGCACUGGCAGCAUGGCCAAGUGGUUCAAGGAGCACCUAGGAUUCAAAACUACCAAAGCACCCCCACCGGCGCCUCCGAAACCGGACUACAGACACUGUCACACCGGUGUUCCCGGUGCGCCUGGCUACCAACAAACAAGCUCCGGGGCCACCUUCCCGAGCCCCGCUCAGCCGGACAUCCUCGCUGCUUACAAACUUCAAAAGGAGCUGGACUUCGAGGACCCGUACACUCCAGGUGGAAAUAUUUCAUUUGGGACGAGCUUGAACACUGUGGGGUCACCGGAUAUCAAGUACGUGUCACCAAAGCACCGACUCAUCAAGGUGGAAACAAUCGAAAAGAGCAGCCCAGCUCCGGGCGGCGGUGUCACAGUCACCCAGGCUGUUGCUGUAGGGAGUGUUAAAUCUCCUACUUCACCUCCCUCGGACCACGACAACAAGGAGAAGCUCAUUAUCCUUGAAGACUAUGCGGACCCCUUCGAUGCCGAGCAGGCUGGUGGCACGCAGACCACCACGGAAAAGGGAACAACUGAAAAUGAUGGCUACAUGGAGCCAUAUGAGGCCCAGAAGAUGAUGGCAGAAAUACGAUCUGGUGGACGAGGGCCUAAGGAAGGACCUGUGAGGCAGCUGCCCCUGUACGACACGCCGUAUGAGCCAGCCGAGAAUGGUGGCGACUCGGACCCUGAGCGCUCACGCUGCCCUAGAGAAAGCCGACUGCCCCAGGAUGAUGAGCGACCCCCCGAGGAGUACGACCAGCCCUGGGAGUGGAAAAAGGAGAGGAUUUCCAAAGCAUUUGCAGCUCUGCUUUGUUAUGACUGCAUUAGCUACGAGGGCUCAGUAAGUGCCACUGGAUCAGGUCCCCACAGAAGAAAGGACUGCACCUCUAAAUCCCUCACAGUUCAAUUUGAUGGUGUGGAGAAGUCUCGAAUGUCUCCGACAAAGGAGGGGAAAACUCGCCCGCUGCAGCGACACUCCAGCGGCUGUCUGGUCAACACUAAAAUGACGUCACUGGACCACUGCAGCUCCUCUCUCGGGGAGCGUAUUGACCCCACCAUGCCCCUGGAGAACCAGUUCUGGUACCAUGGAGCGAUCAGCCGAACAGAUGCAGAGUCUCUGCUCAGGCUGUGUAAGGAGGCCAGCUACCUGGUGAGAAACAGCGAGACCAGCAAGAACGACUACUCCCUCUCCCUUAAGAGCAGCCAGGGCUUCAUGCACAUGAAGCUGUCACGAACAAAGGAGAACAAAUACAUUCUGGGCCAGAACAGCAGCCCUUUUGACAGCGUGCCUGAGAUUAUCCAUUUCUACUCUAGCCGCAAGCUGCCCAUCAAGGGUGCCGAACACAUGUCCCUGCUCUACCCCGUAGCCAUCAGGACACUAUAGUGGUAUCGCCCCCUGCAGGCAUUCGUCCCCUGCAGUACUCACUGGACCACUCUGUGGCUCCACUCUCCUUGUCCUUUGGACAGAACCCUGUAGGCUCAUGGGAAGACGAAUGGCAUCCCAAACUGCUGAUCCUGACUCACCUCACUGGCCGACAGAAUCCAGACCUUUUGAAGGCCUACUUCAUACUAUCUCAUACUUACAGACUCAAUGUUUGCAGAAGUCUUUAUUAUUUUAUUUUAUUUUAUUUUAUUUUAUUUUAUUUUAUUUUAUUUUAUUUAUGACAGUCACCCGCUCCAUUACAUCAUAGACUGACUGUCUGAUGAACAUCAUUUCAUUCACUCUUGAGCUGACUUCCCCUAGCACUUAACACUCAAAGAAAAAGAAAGGUACAACACUGUAACAUUUGUCAUUGGGAUGUACCUUUUAUCAUAACAUUGUACCUUUUUACCUUAGAGUGCACAUCAUAACAACUGUGUAUGAACAAGUUUGUCUGAUUUUCUCGUUUGGUUAGGCUCUACUGAUACUGUAAUUGUUUGUUAGGGGACUUGAAGAUUGUAAGACCCAUGUAAGGGAAGCGACAUUUAUGAGGCAUGUUAAGGGAUAUUGUCCACAUGGGCCCCAUACAGUGGCCAGGAUAUUGAAUAAACUGGCCUUGUAUGAGUGGUGUGUCCCCAGCUGCACAGAGACAACAGGCCUGUGAGCUGUGUAGAGUGAUCUCUCUAUCUUGUCAUAGUGCAUGCUGUCUGCUAUCCAUCACUGAGUGGGUGUAUCACGCCAGUGACAGUGUAAGUACCAUAGUGGUGAGACAGGCAGGAGAGCAUGAUGGAUGGGUCAUCCCAUGCGACACAGUACAAUUGGCUGAGGCUAGCGACCAGAGCCUGUCCAAAUGGACCAAAUUACCCCUGAUACCCCUGCUUAGAAUGGCUUUGCAUCGGGAGAAUGAAAUAUGCCUGCAUUGUCUACCUCAGAAAAUCAAUUUCAUUCGCCCAUCUGGAGAUCAAUAGGUACAAUGGGAUUGCAGACAACGAUCUGCCCUCCGCUCGACAUUCCCAGUUCCCUUAAAAUUGCAUCAUUGGUUUUAGGAAUAAGUUUUUUUUUUCAAUUCAAUUAAUCCAAGAUUUUUUUUUUUAUGAAAACAUUUUCAUAAAAAAACAGAUUUUCCAGAUCAGCAAUUGUAUGUAUAGUCACUAAUAUGAUACUGUGUGAUGUCAGUAACAAAUGUUUGGUUAAUGCCUUAUAAUGCAUGGGUCAAAUCAGUCCGCAAGAUCAGAUGAUUUCCAGUUCUGCUUUUAACGAUUGUUCUGUGACUGUAAUUUAUUCUGGGGUAAUUAUUACUGAUGUGUUCCUCAUUUGUGAUGGCCCGUUGGCCCCCUCGCCCUCAUUGUCCUGUGCCGAUGUGAUCGUGUUUUUCGGGGACUACUCCAGCCUCUUUUACUGUGGUGCUUUGCAUUUUAUGUUGCUUCGAGUUCUGCUAAAUGCACGUUUGCCUCAGUGGCCUGACUUGGGGACGUGAGUCACGGCGUCUCCUGACCAAAGGGAUUGUCAAGCCUCACAUGAGAGACCAAUCGCGGACCAAUCACAGCGCAGCCUGUUAGAACCCGGAUUAACACCUAACUUCAACUCUGUCAUGCCUCCGCUUUAAAGCAUUAAAAGCCCCCUCUGUCAUAUGCCAUUUACUUCCAGAUGUGCAAACGUGUGAAUGGGAGUGAGUAUGCAGGUGUCAAACACGUUCAUGUGUACGGUAUUUGUAUGCAAAUGAGAAAGUGUGCACAGACUUUCUGAGUUCCAGUGUGUUUUUAAGCCUGCUGGUACAAACUGGUGACAUUUAGUGCUUGAACCUAUUUGGUUUGUCGGCACCUUUUUUUUCCCUCCCUUGACCUCAAGAAAUUAGAAUUUAGCCCCAUGACUUGCUAAUUUUCUUUUUCUUCUUGCAUUCACUCAUCAACCACAUUUGAUUUUAGCAGCUCAUAUGGAUGACAUGUCUGUCUUGUGGCCUGCUCUCUGUAGUUUAUUGUAAAAGAUCCAAUAAUAUUUCAGCCCCCAGUGUUUAAUACUGCUAACCAGUCACAGCAAGAAGGCGCUGAUUUGCCAACAGCAUCUAAUGAGAGUGUCUAAUAGCUUGUAUGGUCAAACUGUCUCCUUAGAGAAAAACUUUGUCAGUCUUAUGAGUUGCAAAAUUCAUUUGGUUGGUGGUUCAAUGAGCAAAUGCAAGUAAACUUUUAAAUUUUGGGGGCUUUGUCUGAGCUGAACGUGACUGACAAUAGGAAUUAGAAGCUGAAUUUAGCAAGCAUGACCACUGUAUAUACAAAGUCAAAUAAACUUUGGCUUUGACUAUAUCUCCGCUGUGCGCUAUGCAACUAUUAACUGCAGUCGUUGAAGGGAAGAUGAUUGGAGUGUGUGCCUCCACCAAAUGCUGACAUGUGAUGGUACAAAAUGUCCACAGGGAAGAAAUGUAAUCAGCUGUAUGACCUGAUUAGUCAAAGUAGUUUGCAGAAAGUGAGAUGUAUACAGACGUUUAUUUUGUCGGUGCGGUAAGUGAGCAGAGAGAUAUUGCUGUCGUCAGAUAAGUACAGUGCGUCUCAUGAGGGUGCCUGUUGGUGUGAUGAGGCAACCUCUACAGCUUUAGUAGGGAAUAGUAUGUUGUUGCAGUGGACCUACGUAUUUCCUUGAAAGAAGAUAUCCUAAGAAGAAAUGCAAAUUUAAAAAUAAACUAUACGUGUGAUGUAUCCUUUAUGUUCUAAAUGUUCCCUGUUUAAGAAAUGAAACAGUAGAGGCUCUUUAUUCAGUUACUGCUGCUCAUGAGUAUCUCUCGUCUACAGGAAAGAGCCUGUGUAUGAUGGACACACUGCCUAGAGAGAGGCCUUAGCUUUGAAAGAGAAAGAGAAAACUGGAGAGAUGGAGGAGAAGAAUAAGGGAGAGCCAGAGCGGAGGGUGUUAGGACAGGGGCAGGGAGUUGCUGCGAUCAGCAGACACACUCUUCACAUUCGUAUGUUUCUAUUAUGAGAACCUGAAAGAGCCCUGCUCCUCCCUCAGAAGUGUCUUAAAGUGUGUGUGUGUGUGUGUGUGUGUGUGUGUGUGUGUGUGUGUGUGUGUGUGUGUGUGUGUGUGUGUACACACGAUUGUGCAUGCAUGAAACAGUGUUUGUGUGUGUGUGUGUGGGUGCAUGUGAGUGAGCUUAUGUACUGGUGUAAGCAGCCAUCAGCCAUUGACUUGCCCCCGUGUGUAUCUUGUGUAUCACUUUACUGUGGUAAAGUGGCAUGUAUGAGUUUCCUUUGUGUACAUUUUCGUGCCACGUAUGUAUGCACUACUAUAACAUAUCUCUGUACAGUCCCUCAUGGCCAAAUGUAUAUACUGAAUGUAUUGUAUGGGGACAUAGAGGCAUCAAGGUUCAAAAUAAAUAAAAUUGGGUUUAUGAGUUAAAUGUGCAAUCUGAUAUUUUGAUUCCCCUUUUUCUUGUUGUAUCAGACAGAUACACAAUAAAGCAGACAUAUAAUUAUUUAGUAGGAGCAGAGCCCCUUCCCGCACCUUCACCAUCUCCAGUUACCAUGGCGAAGCCCUUCGAUAAAUAG